AUGCUCAUGAGUACNCCCAACCCGCCCGCUUUGGAAGAUUUGGAGCCUCGUAAUUCUCCCAACGUCAGGGAUCAGUUUCUCAAGAGUGGUUAUGAGAAACCCACACAGAGCAACACUGACAAAGAAGACAAGGAUUUGGAUAACAAAAUUCUCUCUGGAGAUUUGGGUUCAGUGUUUGGGAGUGGUUUGGAGAAAGAAAUUACACCCUAUGAUAAAAAAACCUCAGAGAAUUUUCAUUACGGAACAAUGACGCCAUAUGAAAGGCAAACGCCACAAAAUUUUUUUUACGGAAAGAGCCAGACCAUGAAAACUGUGGUUAAUCCAGAUGGGUCUACCGAAACUCAUUCAAAUGUGAGGGACAACGACGGAAACGAAGAAAUGAGUGUAUGUCGUAGAAUCGGAGACAAGGAAUAUUGUAUCGUAAGGAAGAGAGACAAAAGUGGGAAGGAAGAGGUGACUGAACACUUUGUCAAUAUGGAUGAAAGUGAGAAAGAUAUAUUUUCCAAGCCCAGCGGCAGUAAUCUUAUAACUGAGGAACCUUCUGGUUCACGAUUUCCUUUUGACAAAUUCUUCAAAUGAGCUUGUGAUAUAGUAAUAAAUUCUCAUAGCGAAUUGUUGAUAUAUUUAUUUACGAUAUUCAAAUAUAUUUUUUGAGUUUU